AUGAAUGAUGACAGGCGUUUACAGUUGUUGGAGCUGAAUGAUAAAGCGUGGAACGGAGAACAUAUCUUUACACAAGCUGGUAAGAAGCUUGACUCGAGUAUAAAGAAGAACACUGGCUUUAUUAAAAAAUUGAAAGUGGGUAUUUCAAAGGACUCCAAACCUAAUUUGUUAAAGGAUAUUGCUGAGCUUUCGUUAGAAAAAUACUUAUCAGAGUUGGUCGUAACAGCCAAUGAGGGGCUCAGCAAAUUUUCUGGUAGAGCAGAAGAUGUUGAGGCGUGUGUUGAGGUUAUUAGUGCACUGCAUCAACGCUUUGACCAUCAGUUCACUCCUCCAUUGAUGGAAUUGUUUCUACAUAAUUUCACGAGUCUGCAAACGGAAUGCGAGACAGAAAAAGAAGAACUUUUCAAAGUUUCUAGACUACGAACGCACGUUAGAAUAUUCACUGAACUUUACUUAGUAGGGCUCUUCCAAAAUUUGGACUACCUGUCAAAAGACAACUUACCACCUUUUGUCUCCAAGAAACUUGCGAGAAGAGAACCUAUCCUUUUAAUAAUACUGAAGGAAGUUCUGAACUACCGUUUCAAGACUGGGCUGACCACCACUGUGGCCACUUCAUUUGUGACCAAAUUUCCUUAUGUCUUUUCCAACGACCUCCCAGUAGAGUCUAGAUUUAUUGAUUCCGAGGUCAGCAAGCUUUUGCAUUCUCUCUUCAAAAUAUUUACUGAGGCGUCUAUUACUCAAACAAUAGAGAUCAAUAAAUCUCUCCAUAAACUCAAACGGGAGCAUCAAAAGGCACAGAUAAGGACUGGAAAGAGCUCUGAUGAAUACAUUGAAGAGCACGACAUACUCCGGCCUGUUUUUGAAAGGUUCGAAAGCGCUGUAGAAAUUUUAGCACCCGUCUUGAACUUACAAGCUCCAAAACUGGAGAAGUCUUCUGAAGAAGAGCUAUCUAAUGCAAGCUCAAUGAUCACUAACCAACAGAAAGCUAGCUCCGAAAAAAUUUGGGAAAAUGAGGAGAUCCGGAAGUUUUACGAAAAUCUUCCUGAUCUAUCUGGAGUUGUUAGAGAUGAUGAAGAGAAGCAACCUGCCGACCCACUGAAACUCAAUGAUUUCUUUGCUGGAUUAGAGAUUGCCGAUACGAAAGAAGCAAUCGAUGAGCUUUCCUUGAAGUUUUGGAAGGACUCCUUGAACAAGAAAGCAACCAGAAGAAGGCUUUUGAAAUUUUUAAUCGAAACAGUAGAUUGGAGCAAGUUGAGAAUUUAUGCUCGCUUUGUUGCUUCGAACGCAGAGUAUCUAGGUGAUGUGAGAGAUGAGUUAAUACAAUACCUGGAUAAUGGCUUCCGAAGUCAGUUGCGAUCGAAUAAGAUCAACGUCAAAAACAUCAUUUUUUUCAGUGAGAUGGUUAAAUUCAUGCUAGUUCCAUCUUAUCUCAUUUUUCAUAAGAUCAGAACUUUGGUCAUGAACAUUCAAAUCCCCAAUAAUAUUGAGAUCUUGACCGUUCUUUUUGAAAACUUUGGUAAGUUUCUCAUUAACAGUGCUAACUACAAAGCUCAGAUGGAGAAAAUGGUGGACCUUAUUCAGCAAAAGAGAAAGGAGCAUGAUCUUACCGUUAGCAAUAAGUGUGCGCUGGAUAAUCUAGUUGUCCUGAUUUAUCCUCCAUCAUUGAGCAAAUUGAAUUCCGUUUCCAAAGAGCUAACUCCAGAACAGAAGUUCUAUCGCAUCCUCUUACGAAGAGAGCUUCACACUAUACCACCCGAAAGAGUAGUGAAGCUUCUACGGCGUGCCCAUUGGAAAGACGAGAGUAUUUAUAAAACAAUGAUAUCUCUAUUUACCAAACCGGGAAAGGUAAGUUACCAGUCGCUAGAUGUACUGGCAGGAAUCUUAAGUGGUUUAUUCCCGUACUAUCGUAAUUUCGUCGUUCAGGUGAUUGACGGUAUUGUGGAAAAAAUAGAGCGCGGGCUGGAGAUUAAUGAGUUCAGUCUUAACAUGGUCAGGAUCGCAGAAGUCAAGUAUUUGACUUCAUUAUACAACAACAAUUUGGUUCGGAUUGAAGUCCUUCUGGAAGUUUUCUACAAAAUUCUGACGUUUGGAUAUCCCCGUGGAAGGCCAAAUCCGUUUAUAAUAAAUGACAGUGAUUUGCCGGAUAACUAUUUCCGAGUCCAUUUAAUCACCACUGCGUUGCUGAGUAUUGAAGAUGUAUCUUCAAGCAAGAAUAAGAAGCUCUUGAACUUCAUGAGAUUAUUUGAAUUUUAUACCCUUACCAAGGAGCAGCCGCUGCCUAAAGAAGCUCAAAUCAAAGUCUCCAGAUCUUUUGACAAGCUAACUAACGAGAAAAACUUCGAAAGAUGCUCUGAAAUAAUAAAAAGUGCUAAAAUAUUGUCUGAGUGUUUCCGCGCCUCACAUACUAACGCUGCUGGAGGCAAAGGUGGUGGAUUAGAAGUCGAAGAGGACGAAGACGAAGACGGCGAGGAUUUGGACGAGGAUGAAGAUGACGAAAUCUUGAUGCAAGAGACCGAGAAGGGAAAUGGCAGGGAGAGCGAAAAUGGAUCCGACAGCAACGAAGAUAGUGGAAGUGACCUUUCUGAUGGAUCUAUUGAUGAAGAUAGUGCCACUGGUAGUGAUAGUGAAGAAGAAGACGAUGAUGGCGACGAUGAGGAUGACGAAGACGAGGAUGACGACGAUUCCGAUGGGGAGCUGGAACGAAGACGCCUUCAAGAGGCACAUAUGUCAAAGUUGAGGUCCGAGGAAGAGCUGCGGGCAGAGGAUGAAUUGGAAAAGCAGUUUCAACAACUAGUCCAGGACUCUUUGGAUAGCCGAAAGAAUGAAAAAAUCAUAUCGAACAGUAUACCCAUGAUCUCAUCUGGUUAUAGCAUGGACUUUGACAGAGUAAGCGCUAAUCCAACGCCGACAAUAUCUAGCGGAAAUCAAGAUGGGAGGUCAAAGAAGGUGGCCUUUACUUUUUUGAGCAAGUCUGGUAAAAAAACUCAAGCUCGGACUCUAGGACUUCCCAGGAAUGUGAAGUUCGUGUCCGGAGUGCUUGAAGAGGAGCGAAAAUUGAAGGCGGAGCGAGAAAAGAUCAAAAACAUUGUUCUGAACCAAAAAUUUGAGUAA